CUCCGAAAGCAGGCGCCUGCAACGACUCACAGGUUGGGGAAACUCCAGCCGUUUCCCUGAAUGCAGAGUGUGGGUCAGUGUUUUUGGUGAUCCCCGAGAGCAUGCAGGUUUUCAUAGUUCUCUAGGGAACACUGAAAGUGAAGUUUUCCCUUAGUUUUACUCUCGAAGACUGAGUGGAAAAGAAAAGGCGCAGGCAGCUUAGUUUCCGGAGGAUAAGGACUGCGAAGGACAACCAGGAAGCGGCUGGGUUGGGAGUUGUCCUGGGUUCCCGCUGUGCUGUGGAGGCUUCUUCCCAGGGUCCCUGCGCCGAGGGCCGGCGCCCUUCGUGAGUCCUGCCCUGAGCUAGACCUCGGCUGCGGCCGCCCGUUUCCGAGCUGCCAUGUCUUCCGACUUCGAAGGCUACGAGCAGGACUUCGCAGUGCUCAGUGCUGAAAUCACCAGCAAGAUUUCCAGGGUCCCUCGACUUCCUCCCGAUGAGAAGAAGCAAAUGGUUGCCAACGUGGAGAAACAGCUUGAAGAGGCCCGAGAACUGCUUGAACAGAUGGAUUUGGAAGUCCGAGAAAUUCCACCCCAAAGUCGAGGAAUGUACAGCAACAGAAUGAGAAGCUACAAGCAAGAAAUGGGAAAGCUGGAAACAGAUUUUAAAAGGUCACGGAUCGCCUACAGUGACGAAGUACGGAAUGAGCUCCUAGGGGAUGAUGGGAAUUCCUCAGAGAACCAGAGGGCACAUCUGCUGGAUAACACGGAGAGGCUGGAAAGGUCAUCGCGGAGACUAGAGGCUGGGUACCAGAUAGCAGUGGAGACCGAGCAAAUUGGCCAAGAGAUGUUGGAAAACCUUAGUCAUGACAGAGAAAAGAUACAGCGAGCACGUGACCGACUCCGGGAAACGGAUGCAAACUUGGGGAAAAGUUCCAGGAUUCUGACGGGGAUGUUGCGAAGGUAAGAGCCAGAAUCAUCCAAAACCGCAUCCUGCUCGUCAUCCUGGGGAUCAUCGUGGUCAUCACCAUCCUGACGGCCAUCACUUUCUUUGUCAAAGGACACUGAUGCAUCUGCUCUCCCCUGAUAAACAGUGAUCUUGUCUUGUUCUGAGUAAUUAAGACAAAAUGGUCACAUGAAUCAUUCUUUUGUGCUGACAGGCCCCAGGUGACCCUGUCUCUCCCUCCCCACUGUUCAGCUGGAGUGCAGAGAGUGUAAAAAUGUUUUCUGUUCCUGUCUGCAUGUGGGUUGAUUCCCUUUCUGAGGUUGGUCUUUGCCCAGACUUGUUGUUUUUUGUAGGUAAAGGUGAAUGCUCAUUUGCCUUUAGGUAACUUCAUCUGCUGUCCAAAAUAGCUUUGGUAGCACUCUCCUUGCCUUGUGGACAUGCCUGGGGUCCUGGUUUGAGAGGGGACAGGAUGACUCAGUCACAGGAGCUUCUGUGUGUCACAUACCUCUCUUUACCAGAAAGGUUUUCUGUGAUGUCCAUGGAGAAAAUGCCAGAAAAAUCAGAGGUCAGCCCCACCCUUCCCGACAUAAUGAAUACAGCCAUCCUGCCUAGGCUACUUUAUUGCAAAGGAGAGGAUUCACUGUCACUUGUGCAGGAAAUUGACUUAGCACUUUCCCUGGUUUUUGUAGUGUGUGUGUGUGUGUGUGUGUGUGUGUGUGUGUGUGUGUGUGUAUGUGUGUAUGUGUGUGUCUACAUAUAUAUGCAAGAAAUAUUUACUCACCUUUCCAAAUGCCAUACUCCCCAGAAUUUGCUGGCAGUGUGAGAAUUGGCACAAUAGUUAAUUGUGACCUCAUCUUCCCUGACCUGGGUAAGCGUGUCUGUAUCUUCUCAGUUUUAAUCUGAGCGCAGUCAGCAGCAGCCCUCGUGUAUACAAAAGGUCUGAGAAGGUUCUCUCCACAUCCCUUCCAGCAUGGGUAUUGCAGAGAGCAUGAGCAGGACUCCUCUGCUGGUGUGAAGUUAGCAAUGUGGUGGGUGAUAGAAAUGAGAGAGUCCUCUAGGACAGUCCACUAGAAAAAGCCUUGGUGGGACGUGUUCACCAACCCCUGUCAAACAACGAGGAACCGCAGAGCGCCACAAAGGAACUACUUGAUUUUUACUAACAACUGUUCGCAAAACCUGCCUCGUUCUCUGCAAACAAACCUGUGUCACACUUUGGGAUUUUCUUCCCUUUCUUUCUGUCUGAGGUAACCAAGAAUUGUGUUCAGAAUGUGUUCAUUUGUGAUCAGGCUUAAAGUUGCCCAAGUGAGGUCAUUUCCCUCUAGUCAUGAAGCAAAAUGUGUUUUUCUUAAAACUUCAUAGGCCCUUACAGGUCUGUACUAUCUUUUUAAAAUAUAAUUGGAAGCUUUGGAUUCUUGAAAAGCCAACCUGUUCCCUUCAUAAAAAAUGCUAACCACCUGUGUUGGUGGAGAAAAAUCAUGCUGUUCUUGACCCCCACCACACACGCACACAUGCACUUGUGUGCAAGCACGCGCAUGCACGCACACACACACACACAUACUCCGAAGAGAAUCAUAAGGUGGAGAGGAAAUGCAAAAUCUACCAGAGAAAUUGUGUUUGUGGAAACUGGCCAAGGCCUGUAUGUGUUCGGAUAAAUCAUUUAUUAUUGUGUAAAUAAAGGUGUAGUCUCUGUGUCGGAAGGGUGGGAUUUGGGCUGAACAAAGUGGACAGCAGAGCAGGGCCGGAAGCCGUGCUGACUCUUCUGCCAGCUAAAGGGACCAGCUCAGCAAGAAUCUCUGCUGCUGGUAACUGAAUCUGGGCAUCCUGAAUGUAUAAAAGAAACCAUUAAAAAACCAGGAGACAAACCAGCCUCGAGCGUCCGCAGUGCUGAUGCUGGUGAAGUGGACCAGUGCCUCUGGUGGCCUCCUUGGAAAUGGGGGUUCUCAGUUAAGGGUGUACUGAGUUCUAAGCUGUCUCUCCCACCUGCCUCCACCUUCCACUCAGCUGCGUCUUCCCAAGGCACCUCCAACAAGCAGGGCGGAGCUGGGCAUUGGCACUUGCUGGCCCCCAAGUAUUUCACUGAGGCCUGCACUCUCACAGAAGCAUAUGAAUGAGGAGGAAGGGAAGCAAUCGCCACUCACCUCUCAAUGGCUUUCUCUGCCCAGUUCUUUUUUGGCUGUUGCCAGUGAUUUGGGGAGUGGAAAUCUGUGAACAUAUAACCCUUGGACCCAGCAGCUCCAUCGCAUCCCCUAGAGAGUGACCACCUCACUCAGGCCUGGCCCACUGGCAGUGGGCACUGGCCUGAAAGUCCCCUGACCACCUUCUGUCCUCCUGAUGCCAUGGGAAGAGCACAGUGCCCUGGGGCUGGAGUAAUACUCUCCCCUCUCUCUCCCUCCCUCCCUCCCUCCUUCCCUCCCGUCCCACUCUCCUGUCCCACCCGGGAAGGAAAGGAGUAUGCAAACCUGAAGCAGGUGUCUGUGUGGAAGGUUUUCUAGGUUCAUAUUAUGUAGACUUCAGUUGUUGAAUAUUUGUGAAGUUGGGAGCCUUUGUUUAAGAGUGUGUGGGAGGUAGGGGGAGGGUGAAAUGGCAGCAUGGAGGAGGAGGAAGAGGAGGAGGAAGAGGAGGAAGCCCUCGCCAUAUAAAAUUCAUGCAGACUAAACAGUUUCUGGGACAGUAUAAAUAAAGCGGAUGCAACCCCGCUCCAGAAUCAAAAGCAAUUUAAUUAAAGUCUCUUAAGUUGUAAAGAGUUUUAAAUGUUCCGUGUUGAAGGCGGAUGCCUGCAGAUGCAGUGGAUCUGACGUCAGUGGCCAGGCCUGGGCUGCGAGGCCAUUUGCUAUUCUGUUUCAGGCAGGCUGGAUUGUCUUAUUUUGGAACCAGCUUGGUGGGGGGUUUGCUUUGCUGCUGCCUCUGAGCCCUGAGCUUCAAAGGCUGAAAUUAAUGGCGAACAAAAUUGUGCGGCUCUGGCCGUCCCAUGCGGGGCAAGCCCAUUGAGGGUUAUCAUUAAGUAAAGAAAUAAAGAGGGGAAAAAAAGCCCUGCCUGCUCCAAAAACCUCAUCAGAUAAUGACCUCAGUGAUUGGGUUUUCAUUACCAAACAGCAUCCAGAGAUUAUCAACUCACGGAAGAAGGGAGGAGGAAAGAAAGGAAGAGGCGCGCACCGCCUUUCUCCUCUCUCUCUUUUUUUUUUUCUGCACAUCUUUUCUUUAAAACUGUCAGAUCAUUUCAGUAUUUCAAAUCCGAGGAAAACAGCCUGCCUGCUGCUGUAUUUGAAGUUGUAAUGGUGUCAAAAAGUCACGACUGACUGACAGCCGUCAGUCCCAGAGGGGCUCAUUAAAUCAUAAAAACUUGACAAGGAAAUAAUUGCGCAUGGCCAGCGACUUGGCGCCUGUUUAGACGGUUUUAUUGUCUUUCAUUAUCAGUCCCCGCCAUUACGUUCAUUAACAAAUUGCAUUAAACAACUGUUAAGGGCUAA